CAAAUUUAAACAAGACCCCGCGACGUUUUCAGUUUUCAGUGUUCGGCGGCACAGGCAUGAACGGUCACACCGUGUUGCUGUUCACCAUCAUCGCUGUACAACUGUACUUGGCGUUCGACGAGGUCCGGUCAAUGUGGUUCGAGGACAACGGGACCAAUCAUUUGCAUACGCUGUCGACGAACAUGAUCGGCGCGAUCAGCAUUUUUCUGACGGCCCUGUGCAGCGUCCGACUGCGACACGUCCAGCAUUCGCUGAGCCGCGUGGAACGAUCACUGCACGUCAAAGACAACCACAACCUCGGUCAACUCGAUAACGUUGUCGCGGUCGGCCACUGGUCAAUCGAAUACCGUACCCGCAGUUGGCUAGCUCUGGCCAUCGUCGUGUUCGGUUAUCUCAAGUACGGUCUACUGAUGGAGUACUUCCGGAAGUCCACGUACGUGUCGGCUGUCGUGGCGUUGCUCAGCACGAUAUCGUUAGCCGGCAACUAUUACGUGACGCUCAUGUUUGUGGAUCACGUGUUUUUCGCCAAAAGAGUGUUGUACAAGCUGAAUGUCCAGAUAAUAGAUGCACUCGGCUCGGUUUCGGCAUCGUUUCUAUCGGGAUUCUCCGUGUCUACAGCACGACUCGCGUACCUGGACAUAUGCGACGUUUGCACAACGCUGACGAGAGCGUUCCAAACGCAAUUGUUCAUCAACAUCGUGGGCAACGUGUUUGGCAUCACGUUCAUGAUGCUCUCCGCGUUUAACACUCUCAUGUCCGACGGCGCGAACACCAUCCGAAUCACGCUGUACUUUCUUUACGAAUCUCUGAUACGCACGCUGCAGAUGUACUUCAUCAUUGACGCUUGCCAUGCGACCGUCGAACAGGCGAAUUCCAUUAGUAUCACAUUUCAAAAGAAAAUUAACGAAUAUCAUCAAGUAAACCUCACAAAAAGAAAGGUACAACUAUUCAUUUUGGAGAUGUUGGAUCAUAAAAUAGAGUUUGUUAUUUAUGGUUUUAUUUGCUUGGACUUUGAAAUGUUUGUAUCGAUAAUAGGUACCAUAGCUACGUAUUUUUUGAUUUUGGUACAAUUAGGAUCUUCACCUGAUGUCUUGGUAAAUUCGUUGAACAUCACAACAACAACAACAACAAUAACAAGAACAACAACACCCGGUGCAUUCAGUACAAAAUCAAACUACACUACUCUCACUUAAAAUUUAAAUAAACCAAUACAAUAUCAAGAUCAAUAUAUUUUAAAUUUUAGAACAUAAUAUGUUAGUUAUUUUGAAAACUUAAUGACAUAUUAUAAUUUAUAAUUACAAAAUAAGGCAUGCAUAUUAAUCACGAUAGACACUGGGUUGGUUGUCUUUAAAAAAAUAAAAAUACCGAGGGUAUACCAUACUUCUACUUAGGUAUAAUUAAGCACACAUUUGUUACUAUUG